AUGUUUCCAGCAGGGGUCCGCCACGAGGCGACGGCUGCCGACGAAGGCGGCUCGGUGAUGGAGCGCUGGCAGACUGGAGAGGGACGUUCCCAAGAAAUAGCAUCGUCGCCCCAAAGCAGCCCCACAGCUUUACUUCGAACACGAUCACCACUACUCGCUCCUAGGGCCCAUGCCUUCUCAGCGUUUGGAUCACAGAACUACCCACCGAUUACCUUGGAUCGCACAGAUCAGGUAGCUCCUCCAGGGGCCAAAAUUCGACUUACAGCAAGCUUUUGGGAGGACGAAGGCUCCCUUUGUUUUCAAGUUGAAGCUAGAGGGGUUUGCGUGGCUCGCCGUGAAGACAACCACAUGAUCAACGGUACCAAGCUGUUAAGUGUGGCUGGAAUAGAUCGAGGCCGUCGAGACGGCAUAUUGAAGAGCGAGAAGACUAGACAUGUGGUCAAGACCGGCCCGAUGCACCUCAAGGGCGUUUGGAUCCCAUUCGAGCGUGCUCUAGCCUUGGCAGAUAGGGAGAAGAUCACUGAGUUACUAUAUCCUCUGUUUGUGCAUGAUAUCAAGCAGCUCCUAUACGAUCCGAAGAAUCAGAAGCGCACCUAUCUUGCCAACCCCCAACAUAAGUCCCAGGAAACAAAGGAACCGGCCGAACCUAUCGAAAGUCAUGUCCGUCAGAUUGACGUGCCAGAAGAUGGCGACAAAACUUCACAAGAGAUCCCAUUGGACACGCUGCGGAAUGAUGAACUCCAAGAGCAAGGCCCCAUUGGAUCGCUAUCCAGGUCUCUCAUAGAGACUCUGAGUCUCAUUCUUAUUGAAGUCAGGACACACUCCGAUAGGGCUCUACACUAUGGUUCCCUGGAGUCAAGCUGUGCAGCAUUAUUUUUCUGGGAUGCUGACCUGGGAUUAUCGCGAGGCGAGCUCGAUGAUAUGCUACAAGACUCUCCUCAGCUGCGCGAUACUUGUCUCACUGUUCUUGUGUCAAUCUCCCAAUUUGUCAGCAUAUCGUUAAUACAUCUCAUCAGUAGCGAGCAGCGCCGAAAAGAAGUGUUACAGUCAACAAGUAUUUUGACAUGCCUGGAUCAAACUGUUAAUAUGAUUGAGCAGCAAUAUCAUUCAACUGAUAAGCCCGAGCAAGAUGCCGAAACAUUAUGUCAGACUCUCCGUACAAGAAUCGAUACACUUAUCAUGCUAGCACCCAGCCUGGAAUCACCAGCAGAGGAAACCUUUGAUGACGAAGAGCCACGUGCUAUCCAAUAUAUGGAGAAAAACUUACCAGAGCAGGCCUACAUCAACAGCGUUUCGGAAAAGUUCCCUCUAGCAGCAUCAGAAAUUGUUGCUCAACUAGGAAAAUUGAACUGGGAUCGAUACAAUCACAUGCUUCAUCUACAGCGGGAAACGAUGCAGCAGGAGUUCCAAAUGGCCACCAUGGAGAAAGCAAGGACAAUAUUCAACGACUCUGGUCUUGGAAUAUCUUUACCAGCACAGUCAAAAGCUGCUUCCAGCUCCGAAUCUAUCUAUGCGCCAUCAAUUGUUUCUACCAGAGCUGAAGCGAGUCACAAACGUGUGCCUCUACUUCCACCACAAGCACGGUCUGGCGAGCCUUUCACCUGCGAAAUUUGCAAUAAACAAGUCAAGUUUCAGCGGACCAAAGCCUGGAAGAAACAUGUCUUUAGGGACAUACUGGCAUAUGCUUGCUUCUUCGCCGAGUGCUGCAACACUCGCAUGUUCUUCGAGGACAGCGAUGCGCUAAUGACCCACCUACAAGACCAACAUGGGAUGGAUGUUCGACUCUCGGAUGUGGAGUGUCCUCUCUGCAUGGAGUUUACUUCCGGGGACCGUGAUGUCCUAGCACUCCACAUUGCCCGCCAUAUGGAAGAAAUCGCUCUUGCUAUACUACCUUCUGGUGUUGAAUCCGACGAAGAAUCAGCAGAUGAAUCAGGAAGCGUCAUUGGAUCUAAUGAUAGC